UUACAAAGGAAAGGUUGACUGUUAGAAGUUAACUGUUAGCCGAUAGCUUUUAUUAUGAUAGAAAGCUAUUUUAUUUUAUUUCCUCACUGUUAUUUACGUUACAGUUGGUAGGGAAUUAAUGCCAUGUUGGCGAAUACUUUUUAAAGGGCAUACUCUUUUUAAGCCCACAGGCUCAAAAUAUUUAAAUAGAAUAUAGAUAGGUGGCUAACAUUAACAUUAGCUAACGUUACCUUAAAUGUUGACUUAACGCUAACGCUAAUUUCAGUUUGUUAAUGAUUUCACUAUUUGAUAGCCAAAUGUUAAUUUAGCACAAAGUUGUGUGUGCAAAUAAGUUCACACAAUAAUGGAGGUAGAUCAACGAGUUGGUUUUUUCCAACAUAAUACACUAAAGAUCUUAAAACUGAAGCCUGACAAAUGGCAAAAGUUCAUCAGUGCAGAGGAGAAUCUAACUGCAAUGGUCAAUUUCUUAGAAAAAACCGACGUGGAGGAACUUGUGAUAUCUCUCAAUGCAGCUUCGCAGCUUAUGGUUAAUCUCGGAUUUCCUCAGACAAUUAAAAACAAGGCAGUAUAUUUCGUUAAGCAUGACAGUGUAAAAAUAACCAAAGAUAACAUAAAACAAAUAUUAAUUGGAGAUGUAGCCAAUUCGCCAGUGGAAGCCACAAUUGGAGUAAUGGAGGAGGUUGUUUACCCUCUACAUACUAAUAGAGACAACAUCAGGUGUUGGCCCAAGGUUGUGUCUGAAGAUGUAACACGUCAUGCACACAAGCUGAAAAAUGAAGUAUUUGUGGUGGGAGGACAGAUCAAAGGAAGAACAUUUCUACCAUUGCCAGAAAAUUGUGACGGAUAUUCCCAGUAUUCUUCAACGGUGGAUAGCAGGAUAAUGCACACAUUUGAGACAGUGAUAAUAGACUGGACCCAUCAAGUAUCAGAUGUACUAAAUAAAGAUUCUGCCCAGCCAAUAUUAGAUAGGUUCAAUCCUCUUCCCAAGGUGGAAUUUGAUUUCUGGAACAACAGGUUGAAGAAUCUUGAAUGUAUACACCAACAGCUAAUGGAUCCUAGAGUAUGCACAAUGGCAAAAAUAGUAGAAAGUGUGGGAAGCAUGUACUGGCCUGCUCUGAACAAAAUCUACAUAGAUGUCCAGGAGGGCCUGAAAGAAGCUCGGGACAUUGUUAUGUACCUGAAACCUCUUCAAAAAAUACUAGAUGAAAUUGAGCAGUUGGAUUAUCCAUUGCUUCCCCCUUACAUUGAAUCUGUGAUGCACACAGUGUGUCUAAUAUGGGCAAAUUCACAGCACUAUAGCCGUCCAGCCAGAGUCAUCGUCAUCUUACAGGAAAUCUGCAACCUCUUCAUUGAUAUGACCAGAAAUUAUUUGGGUCCUGAGGAGGUGAUGAAAGGCUUGCAAGGAGAAAUAGAUGAAGUACUAGAGACUAUCAGAACAAGUAUAGUCGUUUUGGUAACCCUCAGAGAGAGCUAUGACAAGUGCAGGAUUAAAAUGGACAAAUACUUCACAGUAGAACGGACAGCUAAACAUUGGGAAUUUCCAUCAUACCUUGUCUUCACACGACUUGAUGCAUUUUUACAGCGCUUGAAGACUAUCGAGGAUGUGUAUGUUAUCUCAACUGAACUUCUGAAACUUGAAAAAGUUGACAUUCAAGGCGUAAGAGGAUGUGCAAUGGGAAACCUGGUCUUCGGGAUUUAUGAGGAAUUUCUUGAGCUUGUGAAAAUAUUUGCAGAAUGCAAAUAUGAUGCAAUUGACAGUGAUGACAAGAUGUUUGACGAGGACUAUAAAGAUUUCCAAGAACGAAUUGUGGACAUAGAGAGACGUCUGGGAACUAUACUGUGCCAGGCUUUUGAUGACUGCUCAUGCACCGAGUCUGCUGUGAAGCUCUUUGACAUGUUUGGGUUCAUCUUGGAGAGGCCUCAUAUUCAGUCACAAAUUGCCUCCAAGUACAAAGAGCUGGUGGACAUGUUCAGCUCUGAGCUGGAUAUCACCAAGCUGGUGUUUGAUGCACAGAUGUCUGCAGCAGAGAUGUACAAAGGCAUCCCUCCGAUCUCAAAGAACAUGCCUCAUAUUGCAGGACAAUUAAAGUGGGCUCAAGAGUUGCGAGACAGAAUACAGACUCCAAUGACAAGCUUCAAAGCAAUCUCUCAUUCAUGCAUGAACACUGAUGAAGCCAGGCUUGUUUUCCAAAAAUAUGAUGAGAUGAUGAAGCUUCUUAAUGACUAUUGCACACGGGUGUACACAAACUGGACCUCCCAAGUUGAUGUAGACUGUAGGUUCAAUCUAGACCAGCCCCUCCUUUUACGAGACAAGGAGAAAAAUGUUCUCAGUGUUAAUUUCAACAGACAGCUCGUUGCAGUAUUACGGGAGGUGAAAUACCUCACUAUCCAAGGACAGGAUAGCAUCCCACCCAGUGCAGCUGAUGUUUUUGCAAAACAUGAAAUCUUCAGGAAGUAUGUUAGCAACCUGGAUCUCAUUGUCUUCUGGUACAAUGAGGUUAGAGCUACAGUGCUACCGGUGGAGUUUCCUCUUAUAGAGAAGGAACUGAAUAGCAUUGAUGAGCAGCUCUCACAGGCUGAAACUACGCUGUGCUGGAAUAGUAAUGGUGUGUGGGAGUAUAUUCAGAGAAUGAGAGACACCUUGAAAGAUUUCCAAACAAGGAUCAGUAUGGCGAAAGCUAAUGUCAAUACGAUGCUUUUGAUUAUGGAUGACUGGUCACAUUCUCCUGUCUUUGAGAGGAAGGACAAUAAAAAAGAAUCACUGCUCGAUCUGGAUGGCCGGCAAACUACAUUAAAGAAAAAGUACAAGGCCGUCCAAGAAUCUGGAGUUAGGCUGCAUGCACUGACAGAGGAAAAUAAGAAGCUGUUUGGAGCAGAUGAGAACUCACAAUCUUGGAAAGAAUACAUAGACUAUAUUGAUAAUAUGGUCUUACGUGGAUUUUUCAAGGCUGUCCAUGUAUCACUGGAAUUCCUUUCUGAUAAUAUGCACGCUGAGUUUUGUAAAUAUCCUUUAUUUGAAGUACGUUUUGAACUUGACGAUGACGACACGUAUUUCCACCCAUCUCUUGGUUAUGGUGCGGUUAAUGGUUUCUGUGAUGUGGUGGAGAGCCUGAUUGAAGAUGUCUAUGGAUGUGCUCAACUUGUUUCACGUGUGUCCCUGACUAAUACAAUGACAUACCAAAUUGAGCUGGAGGAAUUGGCUGAGCUAAAUGACUUACGUGAGGAGAUUAUGAACCAGGUUCUUGCAGUCAUGAAAGAGGCCCAGGACUACCGCGAAGGCCUCUACAAGUACGCAUAUUUAUGGCAGGACAACCAAGAGGAGUUCAUGGAACAGUUCCUGCUGUAUGGUAAAGUGCUCACCCAAGAAGACAUCGAGGCUCAAGGAGAUGAGGCUGUCCCCACCAACCCCCCUACGCUCAAGGAGUUCAAGGGGGAGAUUGACAACUAUGAAAACUUGUACAAGGAAGUGAGCACACUUGAGAACUCUAGAUUGUUGCAACGAUGGCUUCAGAUUGACGUCAGGCCUUUCAAGCAUAUUAUCUUUAACAUAAUCAAGAGAUGGAGUCUGAUGUUCAAGCAGUACCUCAUUGACCGAGUUACCAAUAGUCUGAAGGACCUAGACUUGUUCAUCAAGGACAGGAAGUGUGGCCUCUCUAAGACAGUGGAGGAGGGAGACUAUGAAGGCCUGGUAGGGGUCAUGGGGCACCUGAUGAAGGUGAAAGACCGGCAGGCAGCCACGGAUACUAUGUUUGGCCCUCUGAAGGAGACCAUUGAGUUCCUGAAGGAGUAUGGAGAGGAGCUGCCAGAUGAAGUCCAUGCUCAAUUGCAGGACCUCCCAGAGCACUGGAACAAUGUGAAGAAGUCUGCUCUACAGGUCAAGCAGAAUGUUGCUCCUCUGCAAGCACAUGAAGUAAACAUCAUUCGCAGGAAGUGUCAGCAGUUUGAGAUUAAGCAACAUGAGUUCCGGGAGAAAUUCCGACAGCAGCCUUUCUUCCUCUUCUCCUAUGAAGAGCCACAUGCAGCACUGGAUGAGACUGAGGCGGCCAUUGUGGCUUUAGAAACGGAGAUGAAGGCCUUGUCUCAGUCCGCCAGCUUGUUUGAAGUUAAUGUCCCUGAUUACAAACAGCUCAAGGCUUGCCGGAAAGACAUAAUCUUACAGAAGGAAUUGUGGGAUAUGAUCUUAUUGGUGAAAGGAAACAUGAAUGACUGGAAGACUACUCUGUGGAAGGACAUCAAUGUGGACGACAUGGACAUGGAAACCAAAAAGUAUGCCAAAGACAUCAAAGGCCUGGACAAAGAGAUGAGGGCCUGGGAUGCCUUCAGUGGGCUGGACAGCAUGGUCAAGAACAUGCUGACGUCUCUGCGCGCAAUUGGAGAUCUGCAGAAUCCAGCUAUCAGAGAUCGCCACUGGCUUCAACUCAUGAUGGCCACCAAGGUGAAGUUUGAAAUGUCAGAGAAGACUACCUUUGAAGAUUUACUCCAGCUCAACCUUCAUGAGUUUGAGGAUGAAGUGCGUGGCAUUGUGGACAAAGCUGUCAAAGAGUCCACUAUGGAAAAGAUGCUGCUGGAGCUGGAUAAGACGUGGAGCACCAUGGCGUUUGAGCACGAGCCCCACGGCCGCACGGGCACCAUGCUGCUCAAGCCCAAUGAAGAGCUGGUGGAGACGCUGGAGGACAACCAGGUGCAGCUGCAGACGCUCAUGACCUCCAAGUACAUCGCCCACUUCCUGGAGAAAGUGUCCGGCUGGCAGCAGAAGCUCUCCACCGCCGACGCCGUCAUCUCCAUCUGGUUCCAAGUGCAGCGCACCUGGACCCACCUGGAGAGCAUCUUCAUUGGCUCAGAUGACAUUCGUAAACAGCUGCCCGAGGACUCCAAGCGCUUUGAACGCAUUGACUUGGACUUCAAGGACAUCAUGGCAGAAGCUGUCAAGACAACAAAUGUAGUGCAAUCCACAAACAGAAAGGGUCUUCUAGAGAAGCUGGAGGACUUAGAGAAAGGACUGGCAAUGUGCGAGAAAGCUCUAGCUGAAUAUUUGGAAACCAAAAGGCUGGCUUUUCCAAGGUUCUACUUUGUAUCAUCUGCUGAUCUUCUGGACAUUUUGUCAAAUGGCAACGACCCAGUUGAGGUCAGCAAACACUUGUCCAAGCUCUUUGAUAGUCUGGCCAAUUUGAAGUUCCACAAGGAUGACGAAGGCAACCCAAUCAAGGAAGCCAUGGGAAUGUAUAGUCAAGACAAUGAAUACGUUGACUUCGACAAGGACUGUGACUGCUCCGGCCAGGUGGAGAUGUGGCUGAACCGUGUCUUAGAUCGCAUGGUGGAGACAUUGCGGGCAGAGUUUGGGGAAGCAGUGCAGACGUAUGAGGAGAAGGCCAGAGAACAGUGGCUGUUUGACUACCCUGCUCAGGUUGCAUUAGCCACCACUCAGAUCUGGUGGACCACCGAGGUAGGGAUUGCCUUUGCCAGACAGGAGGAAGGCUAUGAGAAUGCAAUCAAAGAUUAUUUCAAAAAACAGAUCAGCCAGUUGAAUAACCUCAUCACCUUGCUUAUCGGAGAACUGAGUCGGGGCGAUCGUCAAAAGAUCAUGACCAUUUGUACAAUUGAUGUCCACGCUCGUGAUGUGGUGGGGAAGCUGAUCGCUUCCAAGAUUGACAACGUUCAGGCCUUCAUGUGGCAGUCCCAGCUGCGGCACCGCUGGGAUGACGAGAAGAAGCACGUCUUUGCCAAUAUCUGCGAUGCACAAUUCCGGUACUCUUAUGAGUACUUGGGCAACACUCCACGUCUGGUCAUCACACCUCUGACAGACAGGUGUUACAUCACUCUGACUCAGUCCUUGCACCUUAUCAUGGGCGGAGCCCCAGCUGGUCCUGCUGGAACUGGCAAAACUGAGACCACCAAAGAUCUGGGACGAGCCCUCGGCAUCAUGGUCUAUGUGUUCAAUUGUUCUGAACAGAUGGACUACAAGUCCUGUGGAAACAUCUACAAGGGCCUGGCUCAGACUGGAGCGUGGGGCUGCUUUGAUGAGUUCAACCGAAUCUCCGUUGAAGUGUUGUCUGUGAUCGCAGUGCAGGUGAAGUGUGUCCAGGAUGGUAUUCGAGAUAAGAAGAAGGUCAUAAAUUUCCUGGGGGAGCACAUUAAACUGAUCCCAACCGUCGGAGCCUUCAUCACCAUGAACCCUGGCUAUGCUGGGAGAGCUGAGCUGCCAGAGAACUUAAAAGCCUUGUUCAGGCCUUGUGCUAUGGUGGUGCCUGAUUUCGAGCUGAUUUGCGAGAUCAUGUUGGUGGCAGAGGGUUUCCUAAAUGCCAGAAUUCUAGCCCGCAAAUUCAUCACUCUGUACAGUCUGUGCAAAGAGCUGCUCUCCAAACAGGAUCACUAUGAUUGGGGACUGCGUGCUAUAAAAUCUGUGCUGGUAGUUGCUGGCUCUUUGAAGAGAGGAGACCCAGGCAGGCCCGAGGACCAGGUGCUCAUGAGAGCCCUCAGGGACUUCAACAUCCCCAAGAUCGUGAUGGACGACAUGCCCGUGUUUAUGGGGCUCAUCGGGGACCUGUUCCCUGCUCUGGAUGUGCCAAGGAAAAGGGACCUGGACUUUGAGGGGUUGGUGAAGAAGUCAGUGCUGGACCUGAAGCUCCAAGCGGAGGACAGCUUUGUUCUGAAGGUGGUGCAGCUGGAGGAGCUGCUGGCCGUCCGGCACUCAGUGUUCAUCAUCGGCAAUGCCGGAACUGGCAAGAGCAAGGUUCUUCGCUCACUGAAUAAGACUUACCAGAAUAUGAAGAAAAAGGCUGUCAUUGUAGAUCUGGAUCCUAAGGCCGUGACCUGUGAUGAACUCUUUGGGAUCAUCAAUCCUGCCACCAGAGAGUGGAAAGACGGUCUGUUUUCAUGUGUCAUGAGGGACUUGGCCAACAUUGCUCACGAUGGACCCAAGUGGAUUGUUUUGGAUGGUGACAUUGACCCCAUGUGGAUUGAAUCCCUGAACACUGUCAUGGAUGAUAACAAGGUGCUGACACUGGCCAGUAAUGAGCGUAUCCCAUUGAACCCUACCAUGCGACUGGUAUUUGAGAUCAAGGAUCUGCGCACUGCCACACCUGCCACUGUGUCUCGAGCUGGGAUCCUCUUCAUCAACCCUGCUGACCUGGGAUGGAACCCAGUGGUGACCAGCUGGAUAGAGACACGGGAGGUCCAGUCGGAGAAGGCCAACCUCUCCAUCCUGUUUGACAAAUACCUGCCUGCCUGCCUGGAGAAGCUCCGAUUCGGCUUCAAGAAGAUCACCCCCAUCCCUGAGGUCACCAUGGUGCAGAAUGUCCUCUACUUCAUGGAGUGCCUGCUGACCCCAGAGAACACGCCUCCCGACUCCUCAAAGGAGCUCUAUGAGCUCUACUUUGUCUUUGCCUGUGUGUGGGCGUUUGGAGCGGCCAUGUUCCAGGACCAGCUCACUGACUACCGAGUGGAGUUUAGCAAAUGGUGGGUGAAUGAGUUCAAGACCAUUAAGUUCCCCUCCAGUGGAACAGUCUUUGACUACUACAUCGACAGGGAAUCUAAGAAGUUUGCCCCCUGGACAGACAAAGUGCCCGUCUUCCAGCUGGACCCCGACCUUCCUCUUCAGGCCUCUUUGGUGCACACGUCCGAGACGAUCCGCAUCCGCUUCUUCAUGGACAUGCUGAUGGACCACAAGCGGCCCGUCAUGCUGGUGGGCAACGCUGGCAGCGGCAAGUCUGUGCUGAUGGGAGACAAGCUGCGCAGCCUGAGCACUGACCAGUAUGUGGUGCAGUCUGUCCCGUUCAACUUCUACACCACCUCCAGCAUGCUGCAAGCAAUCUUGGAGAAGCCACUUGAGAAGAAAGCAGGCCGAAACUAUGGUCCACCUGGCAACAAAAAACUCAUAUAUUUCAUUGAUGAUAUGAAUAUGCCUGAGGUGGACAAGUACUUCACAGUGGCUCCACACACAUUUAUCCGCCAGCAUAUGGACCAUGGACACUGGUAUGACAGACAUAAGUUAACGCUGAAGGACAUCCACAACUGCCAGUAUGUGGCCUGCAUGAACCCCACGGCAGGCAGCUUCACAAUUGACCCAAGACUCCAGAGGCACUUUGCUGUGUUUGCUGUGAGCUUCCCUGGACAGGAUGCUCUCUACAGUAUCUACAACGCCAUUUUCUCCCAGCACCUGGACAUGUGCGGCUUCCCCCCAGCGCUCAAGAAGUUCGGCCCGACCCUUGUCACAGCAGCUCUGGUAUUCCACAAGGACAUAUCCGUAACAUUCCUACCAACCGCUGUAAAGUUCCAUUAUGUGUUCAACCUAAGAGACCUCUCCAACAUCUUCCAGGGUCUGCUGUUCUGCAGUCCAGAAUGUGCAAAGACCCCACCUGAGCUGGUUCGCAUCUGGCUGCAUGAGUGUUACCGUGUCUAUGGAGAUAAACUGACGGAAGAGAAGGACAUGGAGCUGUUUGAGAAAGUCCAAGAGAGGACGCGCAAAAAGUGCUUUGAGGAUAUCAGUGCAAGUUAUCUUUUUGAGAAGCCCAACAUUUACUGCCAUUUUGCAAAAGGAAUCGGAGAUUCCAAAUAUUACCCAGUUGAGAACUGGGGUUCAUUAAACAAGCUGUUAGGGGAAGGCCUAGAUAGCUACAAUGAAGUGAAUGCAGUCAUGAAUCUGGUCCUGUUUGAGGACGCCAUGUCCCACAUCUGCCGAAUCAACCGUAUUCUGGAGAGUCCGCGGGGCAAUGCUCUGCUGGUGGGGGUGGGAGGCAGCGGGAAGCAGUCCCUUUCACGCCUCGCAGCCAGCAUCAGCAACCUGGAGGUGUUCCAGAUCACCCUGAGAAAGGGCUAUGGCAUCCCAGACCUGAAGCUGGACCUCAAUGCCCAGUAUAUGAAGGCCGGCGUGAAGAAUAUCGGCACCGUGUUCCUGAUGACUGACUCCCAGGUGGCUGAGGAGGAGUUUCUGGUGCUCAUCAACGACCUGCUGGCCUCAGGCGAGAUCCCGGGCCUGUUCCAGGAUGAUGAGGUGGAGAAGAUCAUUGGGGCCAUGCGUAACGAAGUGAAGAACGUCGGCAUUCCCGACACCAGGGAGAACUGCUGGAAGUUCUUCAUUGACCGAGUUAGAAAGCAGCUGAAGGUGAUUCUGUGCUUCUCUCCAGUGGGCUCCACUCUGAGGGUGCGUGCCAGGAAAUUCCCUUCUGUGGUCAACUGCACCUCCAUCGACUGGUUCCAGGAGUGGCCAGAGGAGGCACUAGUGUCUGUCAGUGCUCGCUUCCUCUCAGAGACAGAAGGCAUUAUGCCGGAGAUUAAGGAGUCCCUCAGCCAGUUCAUGGCUUACGUUCAUAAAACAGCGAACGAAAUGUCCAAGUCCUACCUGUCGUCUGACCGCCGCUACAACUACACCACCCCCAAGACCUUCCUGGAGCAAAUCAAGUUAUAUCAGCACCUGCUCAGCAUCAAGAGGUCUGAACUGCUCUCCAAGAUGGAGCGCCUUGAGAACGGUUUGACCAAACUGCAGACUACAUCUGCACAGGUGGAUGACCUGAAAGCCAAGCUGGCAGUGCAGGAGGUGGAACUGAAGCAGAAGAACGAAGAUGCUGACAAGCUGAUCAAGGUGGUAGGCGUGGAGACGGAGAAGGUCUCCAAAGAGGCAGCCAUUGCAAAUGAGGAGGAGUUGAAAGUGCAGGUCAUUGCUAAGAAUGUCGGGGAAAAGCAGAAGUCUUGUGAGGAGGACCUGGCUAAAGCUGAGCCUGCCUUACUGGCUGCACAGGAGGCCUUGAACACCCUCAACAAGAACAACCUGACAGAGCUGAAGUCAUUUGGCUCUCCGCCUGAGGCCGUGGUGAACGUCAUGGGUGCCGUUAUGAUUCUCCUUGCCCCGGGCGGCAAGGUUCCCAAGGACAAGAGCUGGAAAGCUGCUAAGAAUAUGAUGGCCAAAGUGGACGCCUUCCUGGAGUUGUUGAUCAACUACAAGAAAGAGAACAUUCCAGAGACCUGUAUGAAGGCUUUCCAGCCUUUUAAAAAUGACCCUACAUUUGAGCCAGACUUCAUCAGGUCCAAGUCCAUUGCGGCUGCAGGCCUGUGCUCUUGGUCCAUCAACAUUGUGAAAUUCUAUGAGGUCUAUUGCGACGUGGAGCCCAAGAGACAAGCUCUGGCCCAGGCCAACGCUGAGCUGGCCGCUGCCCAGGAUAAGCUGUCCGUCAUCAAGGCGAAAAUAGCGCAAUUAAAUGCCAACUUGGCCAAGCUAACAGCAGCUUUUGAAAAAGCAACAUCAGACAAGCUGAAGUGUCAACAGGAAGCUGAUGCAACCAAUCAAACCAUCUCCCUCGCCAAUAGGUUAGUUGGUGGUCUGGCCUCUGAGAAGGUUCGUUGGUCUGAGUCCGUAUCUGAGUUUAAGAUUCAGGAGAAGACACUGAGUGGGGAUGUUAUGCUCAUCACAGCAUUCGUCUCUUAUGUGGGAUAUUUUACCAAGAUGUAUCGCACAGAUCUCAUGGACAAGUACUGGCUGCCCUACCUCAAUGAGCUAAAGGUGCCCCUCCCCAUCACAGAGGGCCUUGACCCUCUCACGUUGCUGACAGACGAUGCUGACAUCGCAGCCUGGAGCAACCAGGGCCUGCCGAGCGACCGCAUGUCCAUCGAAAACGCCACCAUCCUGUGCAACACGCAGCGCUGGCCCCUCAUCGUGGACGCACAGCUCCAGGGCAUCAAGUGGAUCAAGAACAAGUAUGGAGAUAACCUGAAAAUUAUCAGGCUUGGCCAGAAAGGUUAUUUGGAUUUUAUAGAGACUGCUGUGUCUAAUGGAGACACAUUGUUGAUUGAGAACAUUGGCGAGUCUGUGGAGCCAGUGUUGGACCCGCUGCUUGGUAGAAACACAAUCAAGAAAGGAAAAUACAUUCGCGUUGGUGACAAGGAGGUGGAAUACCAUCCCAACUUCCGUCUCAUUCUACACACCAAGUACUUUAACCCACACUACAAACCAGAGAUGCAGGCGCAGUGCACUCUGAUCAACUUCCUGGUGACACGUGACGGACUGGAGGAUCAGUUGCUGGCCGCUGUAGUGGCCAAAGAGAGGCCCGACCUGGAGAAGCUCAAGGCAGAGUUAACCACUCAGCAGAACACCUUUAAGAUUGUCCUGAAGCAGUUGGAGGACUCGCUGUUGGCCCGUCUGUCCGCCGCCUCUGGAAACUUCUUAGGAGACACAGCUCUGGUGGAGAACCUGGAGACCACCAAGCGCACAGCCACAGAGAUCGAGGAGAAGGUGCGAGAGGCUAAGAUCACUGAAAUUAAGAUCAAUGAGGCAAGAGAGAAUUACAGGCCAGCCUCCAUUAGAGCUGCACUGCUCUACUUCAUCCUCAAUGACCUCAACAAGAUCAAUCCAAUUUACCAGUUUUCCCUCAAGGCUUUCAGUGUGGUGUUUGAUGUGGCCAUCACACGUACUGAGCCAGCUGAGGAGGUGAAGCAGAGGGUUAACAACCUGAUUGAUGAAAUCACCUACUCAGUGUUCAUGUACACCAACCGCUCACUGUUUGAGAAAGACAAGCUCACAUUCAUCGCUCAGACUGCCUUCCAGAUUCUGGUAAUGAAAAAGGAGAUUAAUCCUGUGGAGCUGGACUUCCUGCUAAGGUUCCCCUUCAAGGCAGGACUGCACUCUCCUGUGGACUUUUUGUCCAACCAGGCCUGGGGUGGCAUCAAGGCCUUAGCUGAGAUGGACGAGUUCAAGAAUCUGGACCGAGACAUCGAGGGCUCUGCCAAGCGCUGGAAGAAGUUUGUGGAAUCUGAGGCUCCUGAAAAGGACAAGUUCCCUCAGGAGUGGAAGAACAAGACAGGACUGCAGAAACUGUGCAUGAUGAGAUGCCUCCGGACAGAUAGGAUGUCCUACGCCGUCCAAAACUUUGUUGAGGAGAAGCUGGGCACCAAGUAUGUGGAGGGCCGCAGUGUGGAGUUUGCCUUGUCCUACCAGGAGAGCAGCAACUCAACCCCCAUCUUCUUCAUCCUCUCUCCUGGAGUAGACCCACUGAAGGACGUGGAGGCACUGGGUAAGAAGUUGGGCUUCACCUUUGACAAUGGAAAGUUCCACAAUGUGUCUCUGGGUCAGGGUCAGGAGGUCGUGGCAGAGGCUGCACUGGACAAGGCUGCUGUAGAGGGACACUGGGUCAUUUUGCAGAACAUCCACCUGGUGGCUAAGUGGCUGAGCAGCCUGGACAAACGCGUGGAGCAUCACAGCUUGGCCAGUCACAAGGACUACCGCGUGUACAUGAGCGGUGAGCCGGCCCCCACGCCCGAUGGCCACAUCAUCCCACAGGGCCUGCUGGAGAAUGCCAUCAAGAUCACCAACGAGCCGCCCACCGGCAUGUUCGCCAACCUGCACAAAGCCCUCUACCUCUUUGACCAGAACACUCUGGAGAUGUGCUCCAAAGAGUCGGAGUUCAAGGUCAUCCUCUUCACUCUGUGCUACUUCCACGCCGUGGUGGCUGAGAGGCGGAAGUUUGGUGCGCAGGGCUGGAACAGGUCCUACCCCUUCAACAACGGUGACCUCACCAUCUCCAUCAAUGUGCUCUACAACUACCUGGAGGCCAACAAUAAGGUGCCCUGGGAUGACCUGCGCUACCUGUUUGGAGAGAUCAUGUACGGAGGCCACAUCACAGACGACUGGGACAGGAAGCUGUGCAAGACCUACCUGGAGGAGUACGUGAAGGCCGAGAUGCUGGAGGGAGAAGUGUAUCUGGCACCAGGCUUCCCUGUGCCACCCAACUCGGACUACAAGGGAUACCACAUGUACAUUGAUGAGAUUCUGCCAGCGGAGAGCCCCUACCUGUACGGCCUGCACCCCAACGCCGAGAUCGGCUUCCUCACCAUCACCUCUGAGAAGCUCUUCCGCACCAUCUUAGAGCUGCAGCCCAAAGACUCCAGUGCUGCAGGGGCCGGGGGAGUGUCACGAGAGGAGAAGGUGAAGGCCAUUUUGGAUGAGAUCCUGGAGAAGCUGCCUGAUAGUUUUAACAUGGUGGAGAUCGUGGCCAAAGCAGAGGAGAAGACUCCCUUCAUCAUCGUGGUGCUCCAGGAGUGCGAGAGGAUGAACUUCCUGACUAUGGAAAUCUCCCGCUCUCUCAAGGAGCUCAAUCUGGGUCUUAAGGGUGAGCUGACCAUCACCACAGACAUGGAGGAGCUGGGGAAUGCCCUGUUCUUGGACACGGUGCCAGAGUCCUGGACCAAGCGGGCGUACCCAUCAUUGCAUGGCCUGGGAGGCUGGUACGCAGAUCUGCUCAUCCGGAUCAAGGAGCUGGAGGUGUGGACAACAGACUUUGCCAUGCCCCCAGUUGUGUGGCUGGCCGGCUUCUUCAACCCGCAGUCCUUCCUGACGGCCAUCAUGCAGACCAUGGCCCGCAAGAACGAGUGGCCGCUCGACAAGAUGUGUCUGGCCGUGGAGGUGACCAAGAAAAACCGCGAGGACAUGACCACUCCGCCAAGAGAGGGAGCCUACGUCCACGGCUUGUACAUGGAGGGUGCUCGCUGGGACACCCAGACGGGUGUGAUCUGCGACGCGCGUCUGAAGGAGCUGAGCCCGGCCAUGCCUGUCCUCUUCAUCAAGGCCAUCCCUGUGGACCGGCAGGAAACCAAGAACGUCUACGAGUGCCCGGUCUACAAGACGCGCAUCCGUGGCCCCACCUACAUCUGGACCUUCAACCUGAAAACCAAAGACAAGCCGGCUAAGUGGGUGCUGGCGGCCGUCUGUCUGUUACUCAGCAUUUGAGCAGCCCAGAGAAGGCCAGCGAUGAGGCGCCCUCUGCUGUUAAGCAAUAAAAUCACACUAUAGCCAAUGA